AUGCGUAUCUUUACCCUUGUACUAAUUCUCACAUUAACUCUGGGUUUCUUAACCACAGCAGAAUCUGGUUAUUCAAUUCCGAAAAUUUUUAAAGGCCUUCUCGUGUUUCAGGACGAUUGGGAUGUAAUCGGCCCUAUUAUUGAAAAACAGAUUCCACAGUAUGUGCAAGGUGCUGAGGCAUUUCCUAGCCUAAAACAAAUGUACGAAAAAGUUAUAAAAGCUUUCACUUCUGGAAGGAGCUAUAGUUGGCGGUUUAAAAACUUAGGUCUCGUUGAUGCUCUUAAAGCAAUUAUGUCACCAGAAAAAAUUGAGGCAGCUAUUUUUCAAAAUUUAGAAAAAGUUACUUCGAGGUCAGUGUAUAGUGCAGCAGACAAAGUAGCGAAUGCGCUUAGAUUUGGAGGCGUAUCUGCGGUCGAAUCAGCAAUAAUAGGAAUUACAGAAGAAGAAGCAGCAUCAGUACUCGCAGUAUUGUUAGUCGGGGAAGCCGCCUGACGAUCAUUUAUCGAUCAUUAUUUUUAUUCAAUUAUAUCACAUUAUUAUAAUAUUAACUUUAAUUAUUGGCAUAAUAAUAUGUAUUCAAAUUUUACAAAUAACUUAAUAUUUGCCUGAAAUUACUUUGUAUUAAAUUUUAUUCAGUUUGCAUAACUUUUACUAGCAUCUUAAAUUUUAAUAAAAAUGCUGUUAUAUUAAUAACUGAUAAGUUAAUUAAUUCAA